ACGAUCCCAUCCUCUGUGCUUUUCACCCGUGCGUCCUCACGUCACUCGCGAAUCUGCUGUCACUGCACAGACUCGUAGGGAGCUCCGUGGUGCGCAUCUCACGAUGCAAUCCGCCGCCAGAUCCCUCGCCUCGUCCGCGGCCGCGGCCUUGCCUCGCCGCCUCCUGCCGCGCAGCCCGCGCGCCCUCCUGCUGCGCGGCCUCUGCUCCGCCUCGCCCAAACCGAUGGAUCCGCGCCCCGACCCUGACCCGGACUCGCAGCUCGUUGGCGCUCUCUGCCGCGUGCUCAGCGACUUCCGUGGCCCGCAGCACGACCUCCGCGCCGCGCUGCGCGGAUUCGAGGCUCGCCUCACCCCCGCGGCCGCGGCCGCCGUCCUGCGCCGCUGCCGCAAUCUCCCCCUGCCCUCGCUCCGGUUCUUCCUCUCCACCGCCUCGCUGCCGGGGUUCUCCCACCUUCCGGACUCGCUCCUCGUCCUCGCAAACUCGCUCGCGGGCGCGCGGCUAUUCCCGCUCCUGCGCUCCCUGCUGUCCGACCUCCCGCCGUCCGCGCUCUCGCGGGACCUGUUCCCGCUGCUGUUCCGCGCAUACGCCCGUGCGGGCCUCCCGGACGACGCCAUCCGGGCCUUCUCCUCCAUGGAGGGGUUCGGGUUCCCGCCGGUGCUCGCUGAUCUCCACUCGCUGCUCUUCGCGUUGUCGCAUAAUGGCCUGGUAGAGCAUGCCGAGGCCUUCUUUAGGGAGUCGGCGACCCAGUUUGAUGUCUCGGCAAAAACCUACACUAUCCUGAUCUCUGGGUGGGCUGUCGUCUCAAAGCCAGAAAAUGCCCGGAAGCUGUUUGACGAAAUAGUUCAGAGGGGUGUCGAGCCUGAUAUUCCUGCGUAUAACGCGUUGAUUGAUGCCUUGUGUCGCGGAGGGGAUGUUGCGCUUGCACAGGAGCAGUUAAAAGAUAUGCAACGGAGCCGUGGGCUUGUUCCGGAUGCUGCAACAUAUGGACCGUUCCUUCGUUCUGCAUGUGCAUCAAAGGAUGCUCAUGCUGCUCUUCGUGUGCUAGAUAGGAUGCGCGCACGUGACCUUACACCAAAUGUAUUCACGUACAAUGCUGUCAUUCGGUUACUGUGUGAGUUGGGAGAGGUUGACGAGGCUUAUAAUAUCCUGUGUGAGAUGGCAAGCCGAGGGGAAAAGCCUGAUGUUUGGAGCUACAACACUCUGCUCAAUGCACAUUGUAAGCUGAAAGAGGCUAACAUGGAUUCAGAGCCCUCGUCACAGAACCCAACAGAUAUGACUGCAUUUGUGCAAAACCUCCUUGGCCAGAUGCAAACAAGGUUCGAGUCUAUGUCCCAGAACAUUGUGUCAAAGAUAGAUGAAAUGGGAACCAAGAUCGACGAGCUGGAGCAGAGUAUCAACGAUCUCAAAGCUGAGAUGGGCACUGAGAUGCCUGCCAAGAAGCCCGAUGAGGCAAAGCCUAAUGACUCUGCAUAACUUGGCUGUUGUCCAGCGAUUGGCGAGUGAAGAUUUGGAGGCUGUGUGUCAUGUUUCAGCAUUAUGUGUAACUCAUGGUCUUCCGUGGACCAUCUCUCGUGCAUGAGUGUACUGUCAGCUAUGUAGGCAUGAAACAUCUUCUGAAAUGUUGUAUCCAAAGUUUGGGCUCUCCAGACAUUAGCGCAAGUUGCUAGGUGAAUUUUCUACGACCAUUAUCCAACUAUUUGUUUGGCUGUUCUAAGCUGUUGGUGGUAAGAUGAUGUGCGACUUGCAUUCGAUUUUAUGUAACGGUCUUUGUGU